AUGAAUUAUAAUAAAAUUUUUCAGUUUGGUAUUGUAAAGUGGAAAAUUAGGAAUAAAUUUCAAUGUCUAAAUGCUGAGUGAUAUAUAUAACAAGUCAGCAUAGAGACAGCAAUUACUGUUCGUCAUGGACAAUAAAGAUGAGAAAGAUGAUAAAACUGAACUUGGAGGUACCACAGAAGAUGAUGAGAAAAAGCUUCAAGAGGAGAAGGAACAAGCCUCCAACUUAUUGAAAGAGACAAAUGAAAGGAAUGCCGCCAAAUCAAAGUUCAGAACUCAAAAUCAGAAUGCUGCUGAUCAUCGACCUGAUGAAGAUUAUUUUCACAAACUUGAUUCAAGUUUGAAGAAAAACACUGCUUUUGUUAAAAAAUUGGGAAAACUUACAGAGCAACAGAGAAGUUCAUUAGAAAAGGAAUUCAAUUCUCUCAACUUGACCAGAUAUAUUCAAGAAGUGGUUUCUACAAUUGUGGAUGCCAAGUUGAAAAUGUCUGAUGUUCCAUGCGCUGUUUAUAUAUGUUCCCUAAUGCAUCGAAGAUAUUCAGAUUUUACAACUCUUCUGUUUCAAACAUUGAGGAGAACUUUUCAGCAGAGAAAUGAAGAUAAAGCAAAUUUGUGCAACAUCAUGAGCAAACUUCGCACAGAGCUACGAUUUGUAUCUGAACUUACCGUGGCGGGAAUUCUGACAGACAAGGGUGGUUUAACAUUGGUUUAUAACCAACUAAGUAUGAUGAUUAAUGUCGAUAAAGACAAACAUGAUUUAUUAUCUGUCGUCAUCAGCUUAUGCAAACAUUGUGGUGAAGAUUUAGCAGGACUUAUAUCUAGGAAAAAUAGAACAUUGGCGAGCAAGUUUGACAUUGAGUUGCCACGAAGCAACGUUUUCGCGGCAGAAAAACAGAAAAUAUUUUACAAUGCGUUGACUGAAUAUUGGCAAUCGGUCCGCGAUCAUUUGCUGAAGAUUCACAAAGAAUUGAAGAAAAUGGAUAAAUCUAAUAAGCAAAUUCUUCAGACGAAAGGUGAAUUACACGAAGAGCGAAGCAAAGCAUUCCAAGAGAAACAAUCUUCUUAUUUAAAAUUGUCGAUGAAUUGUAAUACACUGGCGGAUCUUUUGGAUGUCGAUGUUCCCGAUUUACCGGAAGAUGAACUAACAUCACAAGAUCCUGAUUCGUCUAUAAAUAUCUACGAUCCAGCAGUGAAAGGAGCAGAAUUACUCGGUGAACAAUCACCAUGGGAAGAUGAAGACCAAAUGUCUUUUUACACCAAUUUAUUAGACUUGAAAGCAAUCAUUCCUGCAAUUUUAUUCAAGGACAAUGCUGCAAACAAAUCUGGUAAGAAGAGUCCAAGCAAGCGAACUAGAAUGAAAAGUGGUUCUCAGGAGAAACCGAUAGGACCAAAAAUUUCAGGAAAGGGGGAAGAGUCCAUUGAUCGAAUCGCUGAGGAUAUGUCAGAAAUAGACAUCGGUCAAAUAGAUGACGCAGCAAAAGAUGCUGUUCAAAAAGCAACAGAAGCUGCAACUGCUGUUGUCAGUGGCAACGCAGAAGAAAACAACGAUGAUGUAGAUGAAGAUGAUGAUGACAUUGCGGAAAAUGAAGAAGAUAUUGAGAAACAAGUUCUCGGACAAGAUGACGAAACUGAAGAAGAAGAUGUUAAUCUUGGAACAACAAUGAAAUUAAUGAUGGAAAAUUUCAUAACAUCAUUGCAGAAUUGCAUCAAUCGUGAUCUUAUUGAUCGAGCUGCACAAGAUUUCUGCAUGAAUUUGAACACCAGAGUAAACAGAAGAAAACUUGUUCGAGCUCUUUUCAAUGUUCAUAGAUCGAGACUUGAUCUUUUAUCAUUCUAUGGUCGUCUUGUUGCAACUUUGCAUCCAUGUAUGCCAGAUGUUGCUGAAAACUUAACAACUAUGCUUUUGAAAGAUUAUAGAUUUCAUAUGCGAAAAAAGGAUCAAAUUCACAUUGAAAGUAAAGUAAAAACAGUUAGAUUCAUUGGUGAAGUUACCAAGUUUGGAAUGAUUUCUCAUUCUGAUACUCUCAACUGUCUUAAACAACUCAUUCAUGACUUCUCUCCUCAUGCUAUUGAGAUGGCUUGUGGAUUGCUAGAAGUUUGUGGUUGUUUCUUAUUCCGCACUCCCGAGACUCAUUUACUCACAAGAGUACUACUUGAGCAACUCAUGAGAAAACGAACAGCAAAACCACUCGACACAAGAUAUUCAACCAUGAUUGACAAUGCCUAUUACUACUGUAACCCUCCAGAAGUUGAAAAGGUUGUCCAGAAACCGCGACCACCUCUUCAUCAAUACAUCAGGAAGUUGAUCUACAAAGAUUUAUCAAAAUCAACUGUUGAAAAAGUUUUGAGACAAAUGAGAAAACUUCAAUGGACGGAAGAACCGGUAAAGAAUUAUGCCAUCAGGGUUUUAACCCAAGUUUGGAAUGUCAAAUUCAACAAUGUACAUUGUCUGGCAAGUCUUGUUGCAGGUCUUAUUAGUUAUCAAGAUGAUGUUGGUAUCAAAAUUGUAGACGAUUUAUUGGAAGAGAUUAGAAUAGGAAUGGAGAUCAUCCAUCCUCGAUAUAACCAAAGAAGAAUAAGUGCGGCAAAAUACCUGGGAGAAUUAUAUAACUAUCGAAUGUUUGAUUCAACAAUUAUUUUCAAUACAUUGUAUUCAUUCAUUACAUUCGGUGUGAGUUAUAAUCACAUGAAUCCAUCUGUACUGGAUCCACCUGAACAUUUAUUCAGAAUAAGGCUUGUCUGCAUACUUUUGGAAACAUGUGGACAAUAUUUUGAUAGAGGUACGAGUAAGAAGAAGCUGGAUUAUUUCUUGCAGUAUUUCCAGAGAUACAUCUGGUUUAAGAAGACUUCUUCUAUAUGGUCACAAACAACUGAAGGAAGUGAGAGUGAAGAUGAACAGCAGACUUCCAAGUUUUUGAAACCUCCUUUCCCUGUUGAAAUUGAGUAUUUGGUGCAAGAUACAAUUGAACCACUGAGACCAAAAUUAAAACUGGCUUCUUCUAUACAAGAAGCUAAUAAAUUUGUGGCCGAUGUAGAAAAGGAAAUUUUCGCAAAACUUGCUGAAGUUGCUCCAAAUGACAAUUUCCAUAGUCUAGGCAACAUUCCUUCUAAAGAAAGUCAACCUGCAAACGUAUCUCAGCAAGGUUUACAGCCUAUUCCAGAAGACAGUGAAAUCAGAGGUGGCCAAGUGAGUUCGAAGCCUGUUGUUGCACCAACUACCGCAACGACAGCUCCAUCUGCUUUGGAUACAAGCAGCCAAUCAGGAACAAGCGAUUAUGAUUCGUCAGAUGAAGAUGAUGACAGCGGUAAAGAUGAUGAUUAUGAUGAAAUGGAAGUUAGAAAAACAAGGGUUGGUAUGAAUGAUGACCACACUGAACAUACGAUGGAGGAUGAAGAGUGCAUUGAUGAUGAAGACAUUAUAAAAACUGAUUCAAUGCAAACAACACCAAGAGGUAGUGUUCGUCAUCUGCCAUCCACCGAAGAUGAUGAGUUUCAGAAAGCACUUGAUAAUAUUAUGAUUGAAAGUCUUCAAGCUCGUAAAACAACUCAAGUGCAGCAACAAGAUAUGACUGUUCCUGUCAGUGUCAAAAAAUCAAUGCUGAAAAAUGAUAGUCCAGGAGAAGAUAAUGCUAUCAAGUUUCUUCUUCUGACCAAAAAAGCUGGAAAACAAACCCUAAAACCUCUCCUAAUACCCAAAACUGAACAUCUCGCUGCGAGUCUGAAAGACAGAGCACAAGCUGAACAAAAACAAAAGCAGGAAUUGAAGAAAAUAACUCUUUCUAUAAAUGAAAGACAAGUCGAGGAAGAACAUCAGCAAGAACUAUUCAACAGCACAAGAUCUCCCCCUGCAAACUUGAAUCGUGAGAGGAGACCGAAAUAUCAGCCACCGAAAGGCGCACCCAAUGCCGAUUUGAUCUUCAACACUGGUGGAAGUUUUCUUAAUCGUACUAUGAGACGAAGAGGAUCAUUCCAGAAAAGAGGUUAUGUUCGUUAUAGUACCUAAGAAUCUGUCAGAAUAACCUUGUGGAGACAUCUGUAGAAAGGUAAACUGGCACAUUGAUACUCGUGACUACCACAGAGGUCAGCACAAGGGACAUACUUAUUCAGUUUCUACGGCAUGAGAGACUUUAUUCCUUAUUUUGAAAGGUUUAUACAUUGAGAUUCAACAAUAAAUAUAUAUUUUUCGUAAUAAGUUUGUAGUUUCUCACAGAAAAUAUUGAGUCUUUGUUCGAUUUGAAAGGAAGUCGGUAGACAUUUUAGCAGAAAUCCCAGAAAGAAGCUUGAAACUUGGAGAAUUCAGCUGUUUGUCACAAAGCAUCAACAGGAAAUAAUUCAGUAUAGCAUAGAAAAGAAGUUUUUAUCAGUGUUCCAUAGUUCUAUGACAGGCAAAGUUGCGGUCAGUCGCACAAUUUUUUGUGAUGUCUAAUACAAUAAAAUCAUCAGCGUGAUUGCAAAUGAAAUUGUUCGCAACUGUUUUUCUGUGAGACUUUUUUUUUUUUUUGGAAUGAUCUCUGCAGGUCAUACUUAUAUUACACUGACGAUUGACCUUCGUGAAUUCUAAGAUUAUCAUGUGAUAACAAAGACAAAAUG